AUGUUUCAAAGACAAGCAUUAGUCAUUGGCAAUGAUACUUACCGAGUAAAACCCAGACGAACUUGUGUGAACGAUGCAAACGACAUCUCGUGUGCACUACGUACAAUUGGAUUUAUAUCACAUUGUGCAACAAAUUUGGAAUCUCAAACAAUGUUAUUACGUAUAAACAGAUUUAGAGAAUCAAUUGCACCAAAUGCAAUAGUAGUAGUUUAUUUUUCUGGUCGUGCUGUGCAAUAUAAUGGCCAUACGUAUUUGAUGCCAAUAGACAAUAAUUGGAUUUCUUCGGAAAAUGUCGGACAGUCGGCAUAUAAUGCGGAGGAAAUCAUUGGAAUUAUGCAUACCAAAGGUCCUAGAGCAGUUAUAUUGAUUCUCGACUGCGCACGACCUUAUCAAACUCUUGUAGGUGAAACACCGUUUUUUGUUGACAGAGAACCAUUGGGAUUAUUACAAGGUAUGGCACCAGUACAUCCACCACCAUCAACAAUCAUUGCUAAUUCCUGUGAGGCAGGUGCAACAUUCUUCGGUUUAGCAGAUAAUUAUCGAAAUAGUAUUUAUACUUAUCAUUUACUUCGCUAUAUAACACGACCAAAUAUUGAUAUUGACACUAUUUUUCGAUGUGUUGCCUUGAAUGUUGAAAAAAGUACUAACGGCAGACAAAGGCCUGAUCGAUACAGCAGUGUUUAUGAACUUCUUUAUCUUGUUAUUAACUCACAUUCGAAGAACCUAGCACGGUCAAGUACUAUGCAACCAGAUCAACAACUUCGUUAG